CUCCCCUCCCCCCCUUUCCCGGGAGCCCCCGCGGCGGGGCGCGGCGCUCCCGGCGUGCCGCGCGCGGCCGGAAGCGGAAGUGAGUGCGCUGGAAUCAUGGUGCCGCCGGGGCGGGGAAGGAGCCGCCGCCGCUGCCGGGGGCUCGAUGAGCUGUCGCGGCCCAGCCUGAGGAUGUCGCAGUGAGCGGCGGGAGAGCCAUGGGGGAGAACAGCCCCGAGGGCACCGCGCUGUGCUGCGAGGCGGAGGAGGAGGAAUUGAGCCGGGAGGACAACGGGAUGAGGUUCGCCACUAUCGCCGCUAAAAACGGGCUGGUCUCCUCCUCGUCUGGGACGGUGUACGACAGGACGACUGUUCUCAUAGAGCAGGACCACGGCGUGUUGGAGGACGAUGAGGAUGAAGGACAGUGUAGCGAUCACUUGCCUUUUUUACCCGAGGGUCAUGAAGAAGGAUUUCAUUUAAUAGCAGAUCAUGAAGGAAUGUCCCAGGGUUACGUGCAACAUAUAAUUUCUCCGGAUCAGAUUCACCUGACGAUAAAUCCUGGUUCGACUCCUAUGCCACGAAAUAUCGAAGGAGCAACACUCACUUUGCAGUCUGAAUGCCCAGAAACCAAGCUUAAAGAAGUUAAGAGAUACCAGUGCACCUUCGAGGGCUGUCCGCGCACCUAUAGCACUGCCGGAAACCUGCGCACUCACCAAAAGACACACCGUGGGGAGUACACCUUUGUCUGCAAUCAAGAAGGCUGUGGCAAAGCCUUUCUUACCUCCUACAGCCUCAAAAUCCACGUUCGAGUGCACACUAAGGAAAAGCCGUUUGAAUGUGAUGUGCAGGGCUGUGAAAAGGCAUUCAAUACACUGUAUAGGUUGAAAGCACAUCAGAGGCUUCACACAGGGAAAACAUUUAACUGUGAAUCAGAAGGCUGCAGUAAAUACUUCACAACGCACAGUGACCUGAGGAAGCACAUUCGAACACACACAGGAGAAAAGCCAUUUCGGUGUGAGCAUGACGGCUGUGGAAAGGCUUUUGCUGCAAGCCACCACCUCAAAACACAUGUUAGGACACAUACUGGGGAGAAACCUUUCUUCUGUCCCAGUAAUGGCUGUGAGAAGACUUUCAGUACACAGUAUAGUCUCAAGAGUCACAUGAAAGGUCAUGAGAAAGGACAUUCCUAUAAUGCACUUCCCAAUAACAAUGUGUCUGAGGAUACAAGCCACUCGCUCUGUCUGAGUGACUUAAGCCUCAUAUCAACAGAUUCAGAACUACGGGAGAACUCUAAUCUAACACAUGGACAAGACCUGAGCACAAUCUCACCAGCAAGUAUCUUUGAGUCGAUGUUUCAGAGCCCAGAUCAUACCACAAAUCAGGAAGACUCUAAGCAGACAGCUGCCUUGAUUGAAGCUUUUAAUGGUCAUGCAGACUCGGUCACUGCUGUUCCGCCUUCUGCAGGAGAUUCAGCAUCGUUGUCUCUUCCACUCGUACUGCAGCUUGGCAUCUCUGAGCCUUCGCAUUCAGCACUACAAGCCUCAGCAGCACCCGCUGCUCCCUCCAUAGGAACCAGCUCACAGCAAGCUGCAUUUGGAAAUCCUGCAACUGUUUUACAAUCCCCAGAAGUGCCUGUUCCUCACAGCACACAGUUUCCAGCCAGUCACCAAGACUUCCUGCAGCACACUCAGACACCACCGCAGCCCGUUGUACAAGGACUUUCAGUGGUUGCUGGGGCUCCUGCCCCGACAGCACCAAGUGCCACUGAACCCCUGCCAGCUGUGGUUCAGACUGUGCCUGUUGGUGCGAACUCUGUUCUGACCAGUAAUCCAACUAUAACAAUUACUCCUUCUCAAAGCACCGCUAUUCUACAGUCCAGCAUUGUCAUGGGAGAGCAAAACUUGCAAUGGAUAUUAAAUGGUGCCACUGGUUCUCCACAAAGCCAAGAACAAAUGCCACAAGUUCCGAAAGUAGUAGAAAAGGUUUUUUUUACCACUGCAUUACCAGUAGCUGGCAACACAGGAAGCCCCGUUCAGCAGAUUGGUCUCAGCGUUCCUGUCAUCAUUAUAAAGCAGGAGGAGGCCUGCCAGUGUCAGUGUGCCUGCCGAGACUCUGCCAAGGACAAAGCCACCAGUAAGAAGGAAUGUCCCUCACCUGAAACGAAAGCUUCGGAGCAGCCAGCUCCCCAGCUGCAGCCUCAGACCUUUCCUUCCUCUUCCCCUUCUCCUUCAUGUGGGCAGAGCAGUCAGAUAGUUACCCCUUCAGACUCGCAGACUGAAACAUUAAGUGCCAUGGAUGUAUCGGACUACCUGUCCCUCCAAAGCCCUGAAACCCCAUCCAAUAUAAUUCCAAUUGAAGCACUACUGCAGGGUGAGGAAGAAAUUGGUUUGAAUAGCAGCUUCUCUAAAUGAAGAUGUUCCAGAUUUUCUUUUGCACCUGGAGGGUAAAACCCUUCUCCUUAGAAGCAGAAACUGAAGGAUCGAUUCUUUUUCCUUCCUCUCUGGAAGUUUUGUGGCUUAUUUCUGCUUCACAGAUGUCAUCUUAGUCACAUCCCAGGUACAUCCAUCUUUGAGAAUCUAUCUUAAAAAAAAAAGAAAAGUCAAAAAAAAAAAGCUAAGUUAUAUAUGAACUGUUUUGGCUGCACUGUCUGUCACUUUUGCUUGUCAUAUGUGAACACGGAAGUUAAGGUUACUCGUGUGCAAAAAGAUUUUAAAAAGAAAAAGGGGGGUUAGUUUGUCUCCAAUUGCACAUCACUUAUGUUUGGAAUUUAAGGUACUGGCAGCGAGUGGGUCUUUGUUACAACUCCUUGGGUCUAUAAUUUUCUUUGUCUCUUGUGUCUGAUACUAACCAUGCACUAUAAGGGGAGCCCGGGAAAGGAAAUUGCUGUAGCAGAAAAUGGUUUUAUUGUAGUAGAAGGUGAUUUAUCUGCAAUUUUUUUGGAAUGUGAUUGUCACAUCACUGUGUUGGGAGGUGAUGCCUGGAUUUGCAUUGUACUAACGCUAUUACUAAAGCCUACAGACAUUUUUGGGGAGCUUAUUUCAGCAGAGCACAGGGUGCUUGUGCUCCUGAUAGAUCUGUUCAUCUAAUUUCAUUAGGACUUGAGAUGUGUUGGCAGGUACACUGCUUCACAACACGGAAACACAAUCGGAGCCCCUGCUCGCUCAGACUCAUGAGUCUGUUUCCUUUGCCUCUCUUUGAAGGAUGCAGUGAGUUCCAGACGUAGUCAGAUCGGUGUCUGCUGCUCUUUUGAUUUACUUGGCUCUGUUCAGAAACAAGUCAUCCUCUUAAACAAGCCCUCUGACUGUUUAAUCAGGAGCAUGGUGCCUUUGCUGGUUACUAUCAUCUUUUGUCAAGAACAAACCUAGGAAAAUUUCCAGAACGAUUUGCCGUAAAUUCCAUUUGAAUUCAGUGAGUUUAUCCUUCAGUUGUCCAGAAACGCUUCCUCCUUUCUGUUAAGCUAUAUGAUUUCUGCCUGAAUCUGCCUCCAACCUACUGCAAUGCCAGCUUUUGUGCACGGGGCUAUUUCUUGACUAAAAGAUGUUACACGACAUAGUAGUUUUUCAUAUCAAACUGAAAGUCUAUAUUCUAACCUACUCAGGGUAAAUAAAACACAAACCCCCCUUCCACCAAAAAGCCUGUAAUGUUGCAAUAAAUGCAGUCUCAUUCUAAA